AAUACUCCACUGGCAACUGUUGAUGCAUUCCCAAGUCAUCUGACGUCAAGUGGGAAGGGCUUUGUCAGAGUAGACUAUAAAGGUCCUCUACUACUUUAUUCAUUCACAACGUCAGUCUGGAUUACCAACAACUUUGUGGAGAAGCUCCUUCCUCGGGCUCCUCCUAGGACAACACAGUAGGGGAAACUCAAACCUGCCCGAUAUAGCUAAACAAUGAAAAUGUCAGCGGCGGAGAUCAGCCAGGUCCUCAAGGAGGGAGAGCUGGAGAAGAGGAGCGACAGCCUUCUCCAGUUUUGGAAGAGGAAGACGUGCGUCCUGACCACGGACAGCCUCAACAUUUACGCCGACACGCAGAAGCGCUCCAAGGGCAAGGAGCUCAAGCUGCAGUCCAUCAAGAAGGUGGACUGCGUGGAGCGCACCGGCAAGUUCGUCUAUUUCACCAUCGUAACCACAGACAAUAAGGAGAUCGAUUUCCGGUGCUCCGGGGAGGAGAACUGCUGGAACGCGGUGAUCACCAUGGCUCUGAUUGAUUUCCAGAACAGAAAGGCCAUCCAGGACUUUAAAACGCGGCAGGACAAUGAAAGCGCGUCGCCCGGACAGCAGGAGAGGCGCAUGGCGAGGGCGCCCUGAGCCGCUGCGGGGACUCUGGCAGUUAACCACUCCUAAUAUGUGUCAAAGUGGACCAUAGAAAAAUAAUAAUCGGACCAAAAGGAAGACGAGGUCAUCCGGUCCAAAGAUGAAGGAUUGUUCGGGACUGAGCUCUUGGGAGAGGGGGGACAACUGAUCUAAACCGACAGACUGAGAGAUUUUUAGAAGCUCCACACAAAGGACUGAACCCUUGAAUUGUCAAAACUAUUUAAAGUUUGCUCUCCUGGGAGGAAUGACUCCUAAAACCAUGAUGUUAAUUUAUUUGUUUCCAGGAUAUUACUGGCAAACACCUUGUGUUGUUUAAAUUAUUUACUUUUUCAACGUGUGUUGAGUGUGUAUUUAUUUGAAUAAAUAUUCAUGCAUUUUUGACAUAA